GGUCACCAUAUUAUUUUUUUUAUGCUUGGGCCACAUAUUCUGCGCCUAUAUCGCCGAAAUGAUAGUCGCCGAGAUGCAAUGUGGUUAGCGUCUGCAAUAAAAAGUGGAUUUUGUCAUAUAAAAAAGAGGUCGACAUGAUGCGCUUCACUUCGUUCCUUUGUAAUGCCUGAGAUAGAUAUUGUAGUCCAGGAAUUCCGAUCUGAUUGCCCCAGAGAUCUAAUGUGAUGAGUGUCUAUGUGAAAAAUAAGAGAGAUGAAGAGAAAAUGACGUUCACCGUGUUAUUUUGUAAUGCCUGAGCCAAAUGUUGAGCUCCGAGAGCUUUGAUUUCAUUAUAUCUGAGAUUUAGUUCGAUGAGCGUCUGUAGUAGAAAGUGGAUAAUGCUAUAUGAGAGAGAUGAGAAAAACAUGAUGUUCACCCUGUUAUUUUGUAAGACCUAAGCCAGACGUUGUGCUCCUGUGUCUCCGAUUCGAUUGAAAUAGAAAUAUAGUAUGGUGAGUGCCUGUGUUAAAAAAUGCAUAAUGCUACAUGAGAAAGAUGAGGAGUGCGCUUCACUUUAUUCUUUGCUAGAGCCUGAACCAGAUAUUGUGCUCCGACAGUUCCAAUUUGAUUUAUCGUGAAGAUUUAUUGAGUUUAGUGUCUGUGUAAAAAAGUUGGAUAUCGAUACAAGAGAGAAGAAAGAAGGAAGAUCACCGUAUUACUUUGUAAUGCCUGAGCUAAAUAUUGCGCCCCUAUGUCUCUGAUUUGAUUUAAAGAGAGAUCUAGUGUGUGGGUGUCUGUGUUCAAAAAACGGAUACUAGUUGAUCAGUUAAAUGAAAAGAGUAGGACAUUCACCUUGUUAUUUUCUAAUGCCUGAGCCAGAUGUUGUGCUUCUGUGUGUUCAAUUUGAUUGCUGUAGAGAUCCAGUAUGUUGAGUGUCUGAGUUAAAAAAAUGAAUAUUGUCAUAUGAAAAAGAUGAAGAGAUAAGAAGAUUCACCGUAUGGUUUUGUAAUGCUUGAGCCAAAUGUUGUGCUCCGCCAGGUCCGAUUCGAUUUUCGUAAAGACUUAGUGUGGUGAGUGUCUGUGAUAAAAAAUAGAUAUUGGUAUACAAGAGAGAUAAAGAAAAAAUGACAUUCACUCUAUUCUUUUGUAAUGCCUCAGCUAGAUGCUGUGCUCCGUGAGCUCUGAUUUCAUUGUGUCUGAGAUUUAGUUCGACGAGUGUCUGUGUUAAAAAAUUAUUUUAAUGAAGCAAAACAAGGUCAAUGUCACAUUUAUUCAUGUCCAUAUACAUUAAAAUAUUAUCAUUCUAUAACAAAUCAUUUUUCAGGUGGUUUAUUUAAAUCUGUUUGUCAAGUUGGAUUAUAUGAUGAAUAUCCAUUUGAACAUGAAUUUUUUAUUAAAAUUGAGAAAUCAUUUCCAUUAUUAGAAAAAGUAACUUUGAAAAAUAAUAAACCACCAACAAAUAAACGGUACAGAAUAUUAAAUAAAACAAUUAUAUCCUUAUCUCAAUGA